AUGUCAGGUCGCGGCAAGGGUGGUAAGGCGAAGACGUCUGGUAAGGCAAAGAGUCGUUCUUCUCGUGCUGGUUUACAAUUUCCUGUUGGUCGCAUUCACCGUCUAUUGCGUAAAGGCAACUAUGCUGAACGUGUUGGUGCUGGAGCUCCCGUUUAUUUAGCUGCUGUAUUAGAGUAUUUGGCUGCUGAAGUGCUUGAAUUGGCUGGCAAUGCAGCGAGGGAUAACAAGAAAACGCGUAUUAAUCCUCGACAUCUUCAGUUGGCUGUUCGUAAUGAUGAAGAACUAAAUAAGCUAUUGGCUGGUGUAACAAUUGCACAGGGUGGCGUCUUACCAAAUAUUCAGGCUGUGUUAUUGCCGAAAAAGACUGCUGAAAAAGCGUAA